AUGUCCGCUGGCCAGCCUCUGCUCAACCUUCCGCCACAUUUUCAGCAUGCUGCCCACCCCCAUCUUGCAAACGACUCACAUCUGCAACCGGGCAUAGACGACCGCGCCUUUUCUCAGUCUGGCCACAGCGCAAGCCCCUUCCCCUCCGCCAUGGAUCCGUCUCAGUUUAAUGAAUUUUCCUUCGCCUACGCCAACAUGUCGGGCAUGCCGGACCAGUCGGCCUCCGCCUUUGACGAUCCUUCUGGCUCCGAUCAUUUCUCUCUUCACUCUUCAAUGGCCCCUGCUUCGGUGAGCGGUGCCAGCAUGAACUCGCUGACUGUAGCUCCCACCUCGGGCUUUGCCGUGGAUCCCUCCGCCUAUGCUACACCUGGCAUCGACACCAUCCCCGACGAAAACGCUUCGAUGGACAGGCAAUCCCCUAGUCACAAUUCAGUCGGAGAAAGCGCAAAUGACGACUUUGGCCUAUCCGGUGCAGGCCGCGCCGACGGAACUGAUCUCGGCAAGAGCAAAAUCGACAAGACCGAGACACCUGCUUGGAGCGAGCUCAAGACAAAGGCCGGCAAGGACCGAAAACGUCUGCCCCUGGCUUGUAUUGCCUGUCGCCGUAAAAAAAUCCGCUGCUCCGGCGAGAAGCCUGCCUGCAAGCACUGCCUCCGCUCCCGGAUACCUUGCGUCUACAAGGUAACCAGUCGCAAAGCUGCACCUCGCACCGACUACAUGGCUAUGCUUGACAAGCGUCUCAAGCGUAUGGAGGAGCGCAUCAUCAAGAUUGUACCCAAAUCUGACCAGGACAAUCUUUCUCCCGUCACUCGUGCCGUGGUCAAACCUGCCAUGCCCGGCACCACCGCCGCCAACAAGGCCGCCGCCAAGAAACGCCGCGCCGAUGAAGCCUUUUCUCCAGAGCUUGAGUCUUGGGUAAAUGGACCCUCAAAAUCCAAAAUUGGCAACGGCGACAGUCCUCCUAUGGCCGUCGACUCUCAUGACAAGGAAGAGAACAGGCUGCUCCGCGAAGGCAUCGAGGCUCUGCCCUCGAAAGAAAUUCAACAACACCUCGCCGAGGUCUUCUUUGAUAGCGUUUACGGACAGGCCUACCACCUACUUCACAAGCCAAGCUUUAUGCGCAAGUUAAAGAGCAAUUCUCUACCCCCAGUUCUUGUGCUGUCCGUUUGCGCUGUAUCCGCCAGGUUCUCAACGAACCCCAAACUUCCAGUCACAACGCGGCCGUUUCUUCGAGGAGAGGAAUGGGCCCAGGCCGCAAGAGACAUAUGCACGAAGCGUUAUGAGUGGCCAAAUAUGACGGUUUUGACAUGUCUCAUCAUUCUGGGGCUUCAUGAAUUCGGUACAUGUCAUGGUGGUCGCAGUUGGGCACUCGGGGGGCAAGCGAUUCGCAUGGCCUACGCUCUUCAGCUGCACAAGGACCUCGACCAUGAUCCUCAGAGCAAAGGUCAAAAGGCGCCUCUCAGUUUUGUGGAUCGAGAGAUUCGGAGACGCCUCAUGUGGGCUUGUUUUCUCAUGGACCGCUUUACUUCAUCUGGCACAGACCGGCCCAUGUUUAUAUCAGACGACUCUCUCACCAUUCCCCUCCCUGUGAGUGAGCGUUGCUUUCAACUCGACAUGCCCGCCCAGACAGAACUCCUCGAUGGUACGCCAGGACCACUGGCCGUGGAGGGUCAAGCGCCAGACACCGAUCUACGCAGCAACAUGGGACCAUCUGCUUUCUUCAUCCGUGGCCUUGCACUAUGGGGCCGUGUUGUUACCUAUUACAACCAUGGCGGCAAGGAUAGAGAAGAGUUUCCCCAGUGGGCUGACCGCUCGCAAUAUUCACAGCUCGUGCGUGAUGUCGAGGAGCUACUCCGUACUCUGCCCGCUCAAUUACAGUACACCAAAGAGAACCUUGAGCUACACAUUACCGAGAGGACCGCUACGCAGUACCUAUUCAUGCACAUGACUAUACAUCAGUGCUUACUCUAUGUUUGUCAAGCAGCUAUGAGCAGUAACCAGUCCAAUACGGACGCGCCCAAGGAUUUUAUCGCUCGCCUGACCGGAAAGACCUUUCACGCAGCCAACAGCAUCUCUCAACUAUUAAAGGACGCCGAUGAGCGUCAAUGCUUUGUGACGGCGCCUUUUGCAGGAUACUGUGCAUUUUCUUCUUCGUCUGUGCAGAUCUACGGUAUGGUCUCCGGAAACCCAAAGCUCAAAGCAGCCGCCGAAGUCCACCUUGCCAUCAACAUCACGUACCUAAAGAAGAUGAUGAAAUACUGGGGAAUGUUUCACUGGAUGGUUGACGACAUUCGACGCCAAUACAAGAACGCCUAUGACGCCUCUCGCCGCCCUGGCAUGAACGGGGCCAUACAGAAUCGGCAGCCGCUGCUGCAGUACGCUGAUUGGUUUAAUCGCUACCCUUCCGGUGUUUCCAAUGUUGACUUCAUGGACCCAAACCUGCCGAGACGCGCCGAGGGGGGAGAGGAUGCUGUUUUGGAACAAAAGCCAGAGCUCCAUUCCGUUGGAGAAUUUCUGGACAAUCUUUCUCCUGUUUCUCAUACUGCAGAUGGCAAGGACCCUAGCAGGACGCCGAUGCAAAAGCGAAAGACUAUCCCGCCAAAAAAGAAUUCUGCUGGAGUUACACCACCUGGCAAGCUCGAUCAUCCAACCCCAGAGGCGCGACAAGCCUCGAUAGGGCCUACUCCUCGCAGAGUCUCGGACCAAUCUGGUGGCACCCCUCGUCUACAAAUCGACCAGCGCAAAUUCUCGAACCCAGGUAAUACGCAGCCACCCAUGACAUUUGGCACACACAGCAUGCCCAGCCAGGCGCAGGGAUACAUGGCGACCAUGUCGCCUAUCAGCCCCAACAAUAUGGCGCCAUACCAGCCACAACCACAAAUGCCCUUCUUUGCCGAUAUCGUGCCCCUCGGCAUGGGAGGGCAAGACGCCGGGCUCCCCCAGCAAAUGUUUGGUAUCGUGCCAGGUGGUAUGAACGCACACCCGCAAGAAAAUAACAACGGCUGGCAGGGCAUGCCCAACGGCGCUCAACAUAACUCGCGCCAAAAUUCAACAACGGUGCCAAAGGUCGCGGAGGGCGCCCUGCACCAACAACGACACCCACCUCAGCAGCAGAACCCUAUGACGGCGCCGACGAUGAAUAUCUUCAACUCUGCACCCGAUAGCUCGUGGUUUAUGGGUUACGAAAUGGAGCCAGCCGAGAUGAAUCAAGACAUGAACAUGGCCAGCAAUGGCAUGGACAAUUUCGGCAUGUUUGCUGGUGGCAGCAAUGGCAAUCCUGGAAACGGCAGCGGCAUGCCCCAGCAGAACCACAUGGGUGGUGGGCUACAGCAUGGCAUGUAA